UGGCUCUUCUCUUGUUAUAUAAUCAGGUUCUUCUCUUUUUCUUAUCUUAUAAUCAAUCAGUCAUGAAGAAGGAAAGGGUUAUUGCGUUCCUCUGUUUUCUGUAUCUACUCUUGUCACCCAUAUUGGUUUCGGCUGAAUGUACAUGUGAGAAAGAUGAAGAAGGAGAUCGUAACAAGAGCUUGGCUCUUAAAUAUAAGAUUGCAGCCUUGUUUUCGAUUCUUGUCGCUGGUGCCAUUGGGGUUUGUUUGCCAAUCGUUGGGAAGAUGAUUCCAGCUCUGCAACCCGAAAAGGAUAUCUUCUUCAUCAUCAAAGCUUUUGCAGCUGGUGUGAUUUUGGCAACUGGGUUCAUUCAUGUGUUACCUGAUGCAUUCGAUACUUUAACCAAUCCGUGUCUCAAAGGGAAGGCUUGGGAUUUUCCUUUUACUGGUUUCAUUGCCAUGAUGGCGACGAUUGGAACGUUGUUGGUGGAUAGUUUGGCUACAGGGUACUACACCAGGUCGCACUUCAGUAAGUCGGAACCAGUGAAAGGAGACGAGGAAGGAACAGGUGAACAUGAUGGUCAUGUUCAUGUUCAUACUCAUGCCACUCAUGGCCAUGCUCAUGGGUCUGGUUUUGCAUCUGAAGGCUCGCCUACUACCACCCUUAUUCGGCAUCGCGUAAUUUCUCAGGUUUUGGAGCUGGGAAUUGUUGUACACUCUGUCAUCAUUGGAAUUUCAUUGGGUGCUUCUGAAAGCCCCAGUACCAUAAGGCCUCUGGUCGCUGCCUUGACUUUCCACCAGUUCUUUGAGGGAAUGGGGCUUGGUGGAUGCAUCUCCCAGGCAAAAUUCAAGUCAAGAGCAGUUGCAAUUAUGGCAAUCUUUUUCUCCCUUACUACACCAGUUGGGAUUGCAUUGGGCAUAGGAAUAACAAAUGUUUAUGACGAGAACAGCACAACAGCAUUAAUUGUUGAAGGGAUUUUCAACUCUGCUUCAGCUGGGAUAUUGAUCUACAUGGCACUUGUUGAUCUACUAGCAGCUGAUUUCAUGAGUCCCAGGAUGCAAAGCAAUGGGAAGCUUCACUUUGGGGCCAAUGUCUCACUUCUUAUAGGAGCAGGUUGUAUGUCCCUCCUAGCUAAAUGGGCUUAAGUUGUUGGUAGAGAUAGAGAAAUCUUUGUAGUUUUUUGUGAAUCCCUUCUUCACCCUUGCAUCCCUUUUUUAAGCAAUUUGUUCCUUUUUAUAGGAUGUUAUGGUGUAAAUAUACAUAAGAGAGUCGUUAUCUUCGACAAAGUUAGGAUCCUUUUUUCCCCUUUUCAAGUUUUGAUAGUGAACAGGGAUAUUGGAAAUGGGAAGACUCUUUCAUU